CCUGGCUGCUGCCGGCCUCCCUCCCUCAGGUGAGCGGGGUGGUGGGAGGAAACACGGCCCGGGGCCGGCAGUUGCGCCUCCGUCAGCGUCUCCUUCCCCUGGGCGGCUGGGUCGGCCGCAGCCCUGAGCCUUCCUCAGGGUGAGGUCCCGGAAGCCGGCCCGGGAAGAGAGGAGGAGAAGGAGGCGGUGGGCCAGGGAGCUGCCCUCCGGCAGCCAUCGCUCUCAGCCUGAUAUGUGUACUGGAGAUGCAGAAAGCAUGUAGCAGGAAGCUUUGAGCAGUUGUGGAUUAUCAGUUUCUCCCAACAGCAAUAAAAAUUGAAGAAUGAAGGUGACUGGAUUUAUUUCCUUAUGGACGCUGGUUUUAUUGCCUUGUGUCCAGCUAGCAAAUCCUGCAGAGCAUGAAGAUGUAGUAAAGCAUGCAAUAAAACUGCACCGUGGGAAAGGAGCUGUUAUCGCUCAGAGAAAGCAGUGGGUGUUGGAGAGCUGCAGAAAGCUGUCUGGUCUUCUUCGCCAAAAGAACGUUGUUCUCAACAAACUCAAAAAUGCCAUAAGAGCGGUUGAGAAGGAUGCUGGACUAUCAGAUGAAGAGAAACUUUUUCAGGUUCAUACCUUUGAAAUCUUCCAAAAGGAGCUAAAUGAAAGUGAAAACUCAGUCUUUCAAGCAAUCCAUGGUCUCCAGAGAGCUCUACAGGGUGAUUACAAAGAUGUUGUAAAUAUGAAAGAAAGCAGCAGACAGAGACUGGAAGCCUUGAGAGAAGCUGCAAUUAAGGAGGAAAUGGAAUAUGUCGAGCUCUUAGCAGCAGAAAAACAUCAGGUUGAAGCCCUUAAGAACAUACAACAUCAAAACAAAAGCCUGUCAAUGCUUGAUGAAAUUCUAGAAGAUGUCAGGAAGGCAGCUGAUAGAUUGGAAGAAGAGAUAGAAGAGCAUGCCUUUGAUGACAACAAAUCUGUAAGAGGUGUAAACUUUGAAGCAGUUUUAAGGGUGGAAGAAGAUGAAGCCAACUCCAAAAGCAAUACUUCAAAAAGAGAAGUAGAGGAUGACUUAGGGCUUAGCAUGCUUAUUGAUUCCCAGAACAAUCAGUAUAUUCUUACCAAGCCCAGAGAUUCAACCAUUCCUCGUGCUGAUCAUCAUUUCAUAAAGGAUAUUGUGACAAUAGGAAUGUUGUCUUUGCCAUGUGGCUGGCUGUGCACAACAAUAGGACUGCCAACCAUGUUUGGGUAUAUCAUCUGUGGAGUACUCCUGGGACCAUCAGGACUAAAUAGUAUAAAGUCUAUUGUACAGGUGGAGACAUUAGGAGAGUUCGGUGUAUUCUUCACUCUCUUUCUAGUUGGUCUGGAGUUUUCUCCUGAAAGAUUAAGAAAGGUAUGGAAAAUAUCUUUGCAAGGACCCUGCUAUAUGACGGUUUUGAUGAUUGCCUUUGGUCUGCUAUGGGGACAUCUGCUCCAAAUUAGACCAACACAAAGUGUCUUCAUUUCCACUUGUUUAUCUUUAUCAAGCACUCCAUUGGUGUCAAGAUUUCUUGCAGGUAGUGUUCGAGGUGAUAAAGAAGGGGAUAUUGACUACAGCAGCGUACUACUUGGAAUGUUGGUGAUGCAGGAUGUGCAGCUUGGUUUAUUUAUAGCUGUCAUGCCUACACUUAUUCAAGUAGGAGUGAGCACAUAUUCCAGCAUUUUCAAGGAAGUACUGAGAAUACUGAUACUGAUUGGCCAAAUUCUCUUUUCUCUGGCUGCUGUUUUUCUUACAUGUCUUGUUAUAAAGACUUACCUCAUAGGACCAUAUUAUCGCAAGUUGCAUGCAGAAAGCAAAGGGAAUAAAGAAAUCCUCAUCCUAGGAAUAACUGCAUUCAUCUUCCUUAUGUUAACGAUCACAGAGCUGUUGGAUGUUUCAAUGGAGCUGGGAUGCUUCUUAGCCGGAGCUCUGAUCUCUUCUCAGGGUCACAUGGUUACUGAGGAGAUUAUGUCCUGUAUUGAACCAAUACGUGACUUUCUUGCCAUCAUUUUCUUUGCAUCCAUAGGACUUCAUGUUUUCCCCACAUUUGUAAUAUAUGAACUUACAGUCUUACUAUUCCUUACACUGUCUGUGGUCAUAAUGAAGUUUGUCUUGGCAGUGCUUGUCCUUUCUCUGAUUCUUCCAAAGACCAGCCAGUAUAUCAAGUGGAUUGUCUCAGCAGGACUGGCACAAGUCAGUGAAUUCUCUUUUGUUCUGGGAAGCAGAGCACGUAGAGCAGGGAUCAUAUCUCGGGAGGUCUAUCUUCUCAUUCUGAGUGUGACUACUCUGAGCCUUCUACUUGCUCCUGCCCUGUGGAGAGCUGCCAUUAUGAAAUGUGUUCCAAGACCUGAAAGACGCUCAAGUACUUGAUUAAGAUUUGCACAUAUACAAGUAUCCAUCUUCUUGCAAGAAACAUCUUAAACAUCUUCGUUGCUCCUUGUAUUUCUAUGCACUCAGAAGAUGAGAGGUUUUGAGUGUUCGGUCCUCUUAAUGUGCACUUGGUUAUAAGCCUUAUACAGACAUAAAUACAAAACAAGAUUCAGUAGUUAAAAUAUAGUUAUGUAAUUUGAAUUGCACAACUUGUACAAAAUUUGCUUUCUCUCUGACAGAUUAGAAUCUGCCAGAAAAUUUGUUCCUGAUCCAAUCACUUAUUCAGAGCAUAAAUUAUUUUUUUAAAAUAUGGCAUCAUGCAAACUCUGUUAUCUUUUGCCUGAAUGUGCCUUUUAAUUUUCAUCCUGUUACUGCUGGUUCAUCACCAGAUUUUGUUUAAAAAGAUAUAGAUAUAUAUUAUGGUGCCUAUGGUAUCUUCUUUCACUAAAUGACUUGAGUCAUUUUCACAUCUAGGAGUUUAAUAUACUAGUAGGAAAUUUAAUUUCAAAACAUUUCUGACGGUGAGUAAAAGCAUAGUCCUUUACACCAAUAAAAGGUUUAACUGUUUAGCAUCAAACUGUUUUAAGCAGUCAGAUUCAUACUGCAAAUGAUACAGCCAAUGUUGUAUGGUAUUUUACUCCAAAUCACAGCACACAGUGUAUUUUCUUACAGUGGCAACUUUUCUUUGUGCUAAUUCUUGUAUUUAUUUACAUAUCUGAUUAAAAGUUGACAGUAAAAAGGGGCAUCGCUUAAGUUAUACUGGAAGACUGACACUUGUCACCAGUUUUUGUUGCUAACUGCUGCUACAGCAGUUGUUUACAGAUUGAUUUAUUUUGAAUCAAAAAUAAAUGUACUAAAACUGGGAAGUCUGAUUUCAAGUAGAUGUGGAAAAACUUCAGUUCUGUAACUCUGGAGGUUGGAUAUUUGACACUUUACUAGAUUUGGAGUUACUUUAGGAAAAUUAAUUUGCACAAAACUAAAAAUGGCAGACUGGAUGUACAUUUGUAACUCCAUGACUUGGUAGGUCACAUUUAUGUGGACUAAACUGUUACUCUCUCUAAAAUAUCAUGGUAUUUUAAAAUACAGUGUUUGGAAUGUGAUCUGAAAUACAUGUGUGGUGUUCUUUAAAAUGUUACACAUAGCUGGAUAAGACUUGUAAAAGCCCAUUCUCUAAGUGUCAUAGAAAAAGCUCACUCAUAGACUGUAGUCUGCUCUAACAAUUUAAAAAUCAUCCUGAGGUUUAUCUGCUAAAGUCAAUACUAUUAAAGAUGUAUUAACACUGUAGGUCAGUGUUACAGUGUCAUCUGAAAGAUCUUUAAUACCCCAAAAAUGUUUAGAAAAAUGCAUGUGACAUGGGUUUAAAUAGCCUAUUAAAAUGAAAGCUGUCCUCCAAGUAGCAAAAUGGAGCUUCGGAUGGAUUUGUGUGCUUUAAUACCUCCCUCGUCUACCAUAGUAGCCUCAGUUUUCUCAGUAGCCCUGUGUUUUCUCUGACAUCUGCUGGGCUUGGCAAAGUGCAGCUUGGACUAGUCUGGAGUGUCUGUAUACUGUUAGGGCAGGGUAGAGCUCAUCAUAUUUGAGCUCUUUCUUGCUGGACUUGGGGCUUUCUUCCAGGCACUGAUGCUUCAUAAAGGCUGCAAAAUGUAUUGCAAUUCCACUUCUCCUCCAAUGGUUUCAAAAGUAACCAAGGAACAGUGACAAAUGUAGAGGAAAAAGCUGCCCUAUAAAUAAACAGGGUGGCGUUUUUUAUAAAAGGAAUCUGUAAUAGAAAAGAAACUUGAAAUGGAUUUGUUGUUUUUUGUAUUCAAAAUACAGAAGUAAUUUAAAAGUUUUAUGGUACCAUUUACAAAUCUACCAGCUCAGACCUUUUACUCUUUUUCAGGUGCCUCACUAAAAUGUGUUUCUUAACUGUACUAGGGAAAGAUACAUUACUCUAUCCACUGACCUAGCUCAUAGCAUCUUGAAAUACAAGCUUCCCUUCUGAAUCCUUCAUUUUGGUUUUGAAAGAUGUUUUCAUAUGUAGUUUGCCAUCUAUGUUUCAGGGAGGAAGAAAAGUGUCUGUGACAGACCAUGGUAGAGAUCUCUGUAUGGUUUCCAUUAUGUCCCAGCCCUUGAAACUAUUAUACAAAGUACUACAGCUGUGAUGAGUAAACCUUUUUUUAAAAUAAACUGCUAGUUGUACUUCUCUCCUAACUGGAACUUUCCAGAGUAGGAAAUACUGAUGGUUUGUGUCUCUUAAAGAAAACAUUUUCCUGAUUACCUUUUAAAGUAGUUGUGUGAAGAGUCCUUUUGAUACCAUGUCCAAAAAGUAAAGCAAGUAUCAUGUCCGUCACUUCUUUCCCAAAGAAUUUUUGAUUCAAUCAUGACUUGGCUAGGCUUUAGGAGAACUGGGGAACGAGAAAUAGGAGCCUCAUCUGAGUAUCAGUGUUCUGUGCCUCUCUGUAGAUUUGGAUUGCCUGAUUAUUAGAUGCAAGUUCAAAUUACUAAUCCUGUUGGACAUAUGAUAAAUUUGUUUACAAUCAGAUGUACUGAGAUACUGUAAAUGUUUCCUGAAAUGGCGCCAUGCAUGAUUCCAUGUCAAAAUGGGGUGAUCUCAUGAUACAGUCUUAGGACAGAAACAACAGACCUUAUUUCUGAGUGAUCAGUUGUGCCUGUAUGGAAAAUGAGGAGAGUAUUUCACAAUUGGACAACUUAGAUACAAUUGCAGCUUUUCAGGAACCUGAUACUUGUACUCUGGAAUAUUCUGUGUCAAAUUGGUAAAAUUAAAGCAGAGAUCCAGGAGCCCUGAAAGGAAAAUCUACCGAUUUGUUGAAGAACAGGCGGUCUUUUCUGGCAAUGUUUGUUUCAGCUUGUUGUGGUUCUACUAUUCUUCUAGCUAAUGACUAGCAUGAUUUGAAUAUGGAAAAGCUGAUAUGGGAUAGAAACAUCCUAAGUGACGAGAGAAUAUUUCUGCAGUGAAGCUGAGCUGAAGGGAGUGGAAUUCAUUCAGUGUAACUGAUUUAGGUUUGGCUUGUUUUUUUUUCAGUUGGUUUGUUUUGGAGGUGGGUGCAACUGGCUGCUUGUUUUGUGUGGCUUUCUCUCUGAAAAUUUGAGUUCUUGUAUGUUACCCCUUAAUUGCUACCGUUGGUCAUUGCUGCCUAUGAGGGUGAAGGAAACAAAACACUUUAAAAGCUGAUAGCAUGGGUAGUGCUCAUACUUUGAGUCACUUUCCUGUCCCCUGUGUCAGAUGAUUGGUAUAUAUGGACCCACAACCACCCUACUUACAGCUCAUCCUGUACAAAGCAGGAUGUUUCAGUCCCUUAGUAGGAAGACGUCUAAUAGGAGCUGUGAGGUAGGCUUUUGCAGUUGUGACUGAUGUGGGUCUACAACGGCUCAAAAACCGCUGUCAUGGUUGCCCAGUCCACAGGCAUAUAUAGCUUUCUAAAAGCUGUAAGAAUUCCUAUUUCCUAUAAUCCUCAAAGAUGAGAAGAAAGCUGCCUCACAAUAUGUUGUAUUUUACUUCUUUUACAGUUGGACAUCCUCUGCUUUGUGGGCAGAGGCACGUGUGGGUGUGCCUCGCAUGCAGAAUAGCACUGUAUGAUGCUGCUUGACAGAGGGUGUGGAAAACCUAGUGUGGUCUUGCUGCCUGCUGGAGCGAACCCAGAAACACUUUAACCAGAAAAGCCCUCCUGGGGUUUGUCUAGGGAAGGCAUCUGCAGUUCUUCUCUGUAAGCAAUCCUGGCAGUGCUCCAGCACCUGGGUACUGCCAGAGGUGGAGGAAACUGGACCCCCGAGUAACAGGAGUUGAGCCACAUUAACAGCAUCAGCAUCUUUGUGGGAAACAAUAGCUUGUAAGGAGCAGCAGGUACCAGACAUCCACUAUUAAGAUGACCUAAAAAGAAGGAACCCAACAGAUUUAGUGAAGGGAGAAGGAAGAGCAGGAAGAUGUCCUAAGCUGCGAGAUGCAUGGCCCACCACACCCACCCUAAAGGAAACAAAAGGCAGAAGGGAAAGACACACCUCUCUCCCAGCUCCAUGGAGUAGUCCAAGAGACAUGCUCCUCUGCUGCUUUCCCACUACCUCUUGUCGAGUAGUUACUACUGCCCAGUGGGGAAAACAGCAUGAAGACAGCGGUGACCAAGAAAAAACUCCUGAUGGCUGGAGACAAAGAGCAAACUGGAUGAUGGUGUGACCAGAGCGGUUUAGGGACAAUCAGUCCUGCCUUGGGGGCAAAAUAUAGAUCAGGGAAUGGCAAUACUUUCAAGGUUAUGGCACCAAGCUGUGUUUAUUUCCUAAAAUACAGCAGAAAUUUGAGAAUUGGGAGAUGCUACCUCCCAACCAGGGCAGAUGCUGACAAGCUUGUUGACAACCUACUUGUCUACUGGUAUUGAGUGUUUCUUUAAGCCUGGAGCUUGCAUAGGUCCCUCUCUUACGAUGGCAGACUUCCAGUUCUCAAGCAAAGUAUCAGUCAAAAUAUAUCCAUGUGCAUGUCCUCUGGCAUUCAUCUUUGGUUAAUAGAUAGGUAACUUCUUGAAAGAGUUUUUUGUGUCUUGCAAGGUUCUGCUGCACUAAUGCUGGUUACAGUUGUGAUCUGUUCUCCUUUUCAAGCACACUUUAAUUAGUUGUGAAGUGGAAUAGCCUUUCACUCUUGAGUCCUAAAGCUCCAAAAUGCCUGAGAGGUGUGCUCAGAGAUUAGAGAAAUGCUGAAGGCUUUUCCACCGGUACAAAUACUUCAAAUUAGCUGUCAGCAACCCUCUCCUAAAAACCACCUGGGAGUGGGUAUGCUGGGGCAGUCAGUCUUGUGUCAAAAUAAAUGCUAUCAAAC